AUGGUGCUCGAGGCGACGAUGAUCUGUAUUGACAACUCUGAAUGGAUGCGUAACGGUGAUUACUCUCCUUCCCGAUUUCAAGCCCAAUCAGACGCUGUAAGUCUCAUUUGCGGUGCUAAAACUCAGUUCAAUCCUGAAAAUACUGUUGGAGUUCUAACUAUGGCGGGGAAAGGUGUUCGGGUUUUGGCUACCCCUACUAGUGAUUUGGGCAAAAUCUUAGCUUGUAUGCAUGGUCUAGAAAUAGGUGGUGAGAUGAAUCUAGCUGCUGGCAUUCAGGUGGCGCAGUUGGCUCUUAAGCAUAGGCAGAAUAAGAAGCAGCAGCAAAGGAUUAUUGUCUUUUCUGGAAGUCCUGUCAAGCACGAGAAGAAAAUGUUGGAAAUGAUUGGGAGAAAGUUGAAAAAGAAUAGUGUUGCACUUGACAUUGUCAACUUUGGUGAAGAUGACGAGGGGAAGACAGAGAAGCUUGAAGCACUCCUUGCAGCGGUAAACAAUAAUGAUAGUAGCCACAUGGUUCAUGUUCCACCUGGUCCAAAUGCUCUUUCGGAUGUACUUAUAAGUACACCUAUAUUUACUGGUGAUGGAGAAGGUGGAAGUGGUUUUGCAGCUGCUGCAGCAGCAGCAUCUGCCGGUGGUGUAUCUGGAUAUGAUUUUGGUGUUGAUCCAAACUUGGACCCUGAAUUGGCUCUUGCUCUAAGAGUUUCAAUGGAAGAGGAGAGAGCUAGGUAG